GCGGGGAUUUCGAAAUUCGGGUGUAACGAAUUAUGCUAUUAGCUCAGUGCCCAGUUUGCCAAGAGUGUUUUACAAAUGCACUCCAAUGUCAUAUAUCAGCAUUACCAUGUGGUCAUGUAUUUCAUCAGAUAUGUAUUGAUACUUGGUUCAAAACAUCAUCUACAUGUCCACAGUGCAGAAUAGGCAUAAGGAGGACAUUCGUGAUUUCUAGAUUAUAUUUUGAUAUGGUCAGUUACGGUCCAGAUGAACAUCCUGUCAUCGAUACAACGUCUGAAGAGACAGAUACAAACAUAGAAGUUCCGCAGUCAAGUGAUAACAACUCUGUAAAAUCGCUUAGUGUUCAACUGCAUCGAUUACGUUCAGAAAAUAUGCGUUUAGAUUUAUUAUGCAAAAAUCUGUCACAAAAGUCAGAAGAAAAUACCAAACUGAUAAGUGCACGAGACAAAGAAAUAUCAACACUGUCUACUUUGUAUAGUGAAACAGAUAAGUUAUAUGAAAAGGAAAGACAACGUUGUCGAGAUUUGAGAACAGAAAUAUCAAGCCUCAAACAAUUUCUUCGAGAAGCUGAGACUAUGAAAGCUGAAGCUAUCCAACUUCGAAAAGAAACUGAAGACAUGCAAAAUGUAAAGAAGUUAAUAUCUUCGUCAGAAGAUGCUGCACGUGAACUAUUCUCCCGUUACACAUCGAAAUUUGAGAAUUCCAAUGAAACAUUAAGCAGGAGUCACAAAGACUCAGAAUUAUUUUCUCUCUGUAAAUGGGCAUCUGUUUUGCGGUCAGAAUUAACAGCUACCCGUGAAAAAGUCAGAAGUUAUCGAACAGAAUUAUCACGUGUACGUAAACUUCAGAUUUCGGCUUCACAGAAAGUAGCACGCGCUGAAAGUAAUGCGGCUGAGUAUAAAGAACGUGUUCAAGGCUUAGAGAAUGAAUUAUCUAGAAUGAUUGAACAAAUUCAUUCAACCAAUACUUCUCCUGCUACUACCACUACUUGUAAUGCUAAGAAUAUGAAAAACAAUCAAUUCGUGUUGGAUACUACUCAGAAUCAAACAACUUCUAGAAUGUCUGCAUCAAUCUUUUCUCACCCAUCAACGUCUACAGUGUCUCCUACAUGUUCUACAGGCUUGUAUGACAGUUUACUUGUUACACCACCAGUAAAAUUAGCAAAUAAAGAAUUAACAACACCCGAUUUCCUUUUAUUGAGUCCAUUGGAGCAAUCAGUAGCUGUUUCUUCAAAGUUUUCAUAUAAAAUGCCUUAACAAGUAAAUACGUGACCAAACGGUUCAAAGUGAAUGACGCAAAUACAUCACAUUUUCAGAUCAUGUUCUUGUCGAUGUACAAGUGCUCUUGUAGAGUUAGUUAUCUGGGAACCACUAUGUCAACUCCCUUAAAAAGUAUGAAAGAACAUCUUCCAGUAUGGUUAGGGAAAGAAAAAAUAAAGAAGAUUACGAAUUCUAUUCACUGCCAUCUAAUUAACAAUGGUCACAAUGUAAACAAUAAGUCUGCGUAUUCAAUGAUCCACAAGAUAUCGAAUCGAAUGUCACAAGCAGUAAGAGUUUACCUUCAAACUACUGAAGCUAUUGCAGUCAAAAUGAUGAAAUACGGACUUUGUAACGCCUGGAAAUCCAUUUCGUGUUGAACGUAAGCAGUCAAUCAGUCCGCCAAAACAAAGCAUCUCUACUUCACAAACUUACAGUCGUACUUUAUUAUUUUCUCCUAAAACAGAUGUCAUUGAUAAAAAUACUUGUAAAAGCAGUGUAAUCAAUCAAAGACGACCGUCUAGCUUUUAUCAAAUGUCAAUCAUGCGCCAACAUUCUAAGAUUGCUAAUAAGUACACAAUACCGAAUUAUACUAAUAAAUCUUUUGGUAAUCUUCACUUUCCAAAACCAUUUGAUAAGACUACUGUUAAAUCAUCUGGACCUAGUGAAAAUAGAACAGAAAAUAGCAACAGUAGCAGUAGUAGCGUUGGCAUAAAACGUGUUGUUCGAAAUUUAAAACGAUCUGUUUCAGAUACUACUAAAACUUCCAAAUUAGAUAAUUUUGUAAUGAAGUUGUGAGUGAUUACUUUUCUUUUUCUGUAAUUUAUUAUAAUUUAUAUUCUAAUAAACAUUCAUCAAAUAUUUC